UUUGAAAACUAUUGGUUGGCCACGUAUUGAAGCGGGCCAUGAGCGAUCAAGCAGACUUAUUAGACCAUUCUCACAACCUUCGUGUUUCUGCAGAUAUAAUAGUCCGACAAAAUAUUUUCGAACGACUACAUGCAACGCUUCCAGAUGCCAAACUAUUCAACUCAAACGAAUUCUUGGACAAAUUCUUUAAGAAACCUGAUGAUGAAAAAGAAAGGAUAAUGGAUUAUGGUAGCUUCCGUUUCUUUGCGGAAACUAUUCAACCCAAUAGUCAAACGUCACUAUUCUUCGACCAUUUUGCCUUUCUAUCUCCUUGUAGUUUUCUUCUUCUUCCAAGGACUGAAAAUGAAUGUUUGAGGGAUACCACACUGAUGUAUUAUUGUAAUAAGAAACACUUGGCAGUACAGUUCAUAUUGAAGUUGGCAUUAUUUUACUGUGAAGAUUCAAAUGGCGUUAUUUCUGAAGCAUCUUUUCAAGCAUUUGUGGAAAAUGAAUUAAUUGCAGCUUCAUCUGAGCUCAAAAGCAAGUUGAAUCCCUCCUUUUAUCCUUAUUAUUCAUGUACAGUGAGUAGAAAGGUUUUCUUCUUUUUAGACUCUCCCAGAAGAGGAUUUAUCAAACUACAGAGUUUCAUUAACAGUAAACUGUUUUUGGAAUGUCUGGACGCAACCACGUCACAUUCCAUGGAUGAUAGCGCAUCACAAAAUAGUCUUCAAAGCUGGUUCUCUGCCGAGAGUGCUUUAUAUAUGUAUGAAAAAUACCUCGAGUUAGAUUUGGACGGUAAUGGAAUGCUGAGCAAGUCUGAGCUCUCACGGUUUGGAAAUGGAACAUUAACAAACACUUUUUUGUCUCGAUUCUUCGAAGAAUGUGUUUCUUACAAGAACGAUGAAUCUUCACAAGAGGAAAUAGACUACAGAGUUUAUUUGGAUCUUGUGCUCAUAUUAACAAAUAUUUCAUCCAAGCCCGCACUCCAUAUUCUGUUUCGUAUUCUGGAUAGCAGAGGUCGUGGAGCAUUGAAUGUUUAUGAUUUCAAUCUUUUCUACAAAGAUUUGAAGGCUUAUCUCGAUCGCAUAGGAAUUGAAACUCCUCCAUUUGAACAUUUGUUAUCUGAAAUUUUCGAUAUGGUUCGUCCAGUCAAUAGUUGGGAGAUUACACAAAAGGAUUUGGAGUGUUCAGGUUGCGCUGGGACAGUUGUUGGAAUUCUCAUCGAUGCCACUGUUUUUAUUGAAUAUGAAAAUAGAGAAGCUGUAACAGGUGUGGAUGAGAAUGACAUAGAUGCAGAGGUAAUGGCCAUAUACGAUGAAGAAGCUGAAGCAGCUGCAAUUUCCGUACUUUAGAUAAAUGUUUAUGACUUGUCCAUAAAAUGAAAUGUCAUAGA